AUGGAGUAUUUCAACAGUUCCACGCAUCUAUCUACUACGACGAUGGAAAGCGAUUUUAGUUCUGAGAAAACUGGGCCGAAUUUGGGGAAGUAUUGGAAUCAGAUGAACCAAAAGGUCACUUCAUGCCUUGGUAGUCAAGGUAACAAUGUUAAAACCUUUUUCCAAUCUUUCGUGAAUAGUAAGAGCAAAAGCUUUUCUAAUAAAAACACCAAUACGACUCUUGACGUUGACGAAGCCGUAAACAAUGAGCUCGAUGAAAAUGGAUUGCCCGUCACACAAAACUGGUACUAUUACGAUAAGCAAAUGGGACAUUGGAAUGUGUCGCCCGAUGCGCCUGAGGCGGUUCGACAGAAACAUAUCGAAAAGCUCCGGGCUGAGGCCAAUCGAAUGGAUCCAACCCAAGUCACUCUGCCCCCGCCCCCGCCGAUGAUGGGGUCACCGAACACGAACGGCCCGAACUCCCCACCCCGUCCCGGGGACGCCGCUACCAAAGGCCUCUUUACCCCCGCCGUGACCAAUGAAGGGGGCAUUCCAAAUCGCGUAACCGGUCCGCGUUAUUCCGUGCCGGAUUAUUUUAAUAUCGCGCCCCCCUCUCCCGCGAUGGAGUCGCGGAAUCCGCCAACAGCGAUGGCGAUGCCACCACCGGGUGGGAUCUACGGCAGCUACGCGGGCUUGGGACAACCGAGUGCGGUGGAUUCCUCCGGUGCGACUGUGAAGGCUGCAUCGGUGGAAACCCAGGUGAGGGUCAAUCCCCUGCCGCCGCCACCUCCUGCCCCAUACCAGCAGUCCCCCGUAGCGCCCUCCAUGCCGCCGUUUCCGGGGGGAAAUCCCAUUCCGCCAGGCGGCCCCCUUAGGCCCCCGACAGCUUCUUUCCUUGCCGCCUCGCCGGAUGGUAUGGCGUGGCCUCCGCCGCCUUUUCCGCUGAACCCUACUGACGGUGGCCUCGCGAACCCGCCGGGUCCCUCUCUUCAGAAUGGCCCGUCGACAGGGGGCUACGGGGCUGGCGGGGGCCUAUAUCAAUACUACACCGCGGAGGCACCGCCCGGUAAUGGUGUCUGGUGA